AUGUGGCGGCACGGGGUUUUCAUAUGUUCCCGGGCGAAACCACACGAAGAUGAGAUGCCGACACCAGUACACGAAAAACGUCCUCCACUACAGAUACUCGAACUUGGGAAGAGGAAAACGAAGAAAAAACAAAUCAACUUGAUAGUUCCUCAAACAUCUUUGGACUUGUGGACAAAAAUGGAGUCAAGAGGAUUACUGUCUGCUUAUUUGCAACUGUCGAAGUCGAGGCUCACUUUGCUUAUCACCUCCACAGCAGUUGCGGGUUUCCUCAUGGCUCCCGUGAGUUUUUCGGCGUUACCACUUGUGGCCUGCGCUACAGGCACUGCUCUUUUGUCAUCAGCAGCAAAUGCGUGUAAUCAACUUCUGGAAGCACCUUAUGAUGCUCAAAUGAAACGAACGCAAAACAGAGUGCUGGUAAUCCAU